UGAGAGGCUGCGUCCGAAAAAUAAUAAAUUGAAAAGCUGAAAAAAUGUUCAGAUGAGGAAAAAAUUUUUAAUGAGGGAACCGCAUUGCUCACAGCGCACCUUCGACGUAGACAUAACUGAGUAAAAGAUAUUACUGAGUGAUAUUUAGGUGUAAAAAACGUGGAUAAAAGCCAAAUUUUUUACAAUAGGCGAGCCGUGGACUGUUGAAGCGCCGUGAAAAUAAAUAAUUUAUAUAUAAAAGUCCUGUAAAGUUGGUAAUAAUUUUGGUACAGAUAAUGUGCCUGUACUUGCAAUGAAAGUACAAACGAUGAUGCAAGAAGGUUUGCAUUCAAUGGAAAAUUUUACUUUUCGUUUUUCGGUAUAGAGAAAUAAUUUUGACUAUUGUGGUUUGUUAAAUUUCUACAUUGCAGUAAAAAGGCUAAAACUGAGAAAAAACAACGAUAUAGAUUGCAAAAAGUAGUGCGAUUAUGUUGCAACGGAUCAAACGGGAUACGAGAAAUACUCUGUCCGAUUCCGAGAUGAGUGCCUCCGGUGGUGCAUUCGAAUUUAGUGAAUCCAAUUCGAGUAGCAGUACUAGUGUGAGUUCAUCCACAUCAUGUACAUCGGACAGUGACGAGCUGCAAUUAGAUGCACUUGAAUUAGCUAAAAUUAACAGCGAAGUGUUGCGUUUACCGCGCGGUCUAUGCGAAAAUGUAAAAGUAUUCCACGAAUUUUUUUCUGCAGAUACAUGGAAUAUUCUUCCCGAGUCAACCCGCGCAAGGCUGGAGCAAUAUUUACCGAAAUUUACAAAUUUGGUUACACCUCAAGAAGCAGCUGUCGAGAGACAGCGCACCUUGGUAAUGUUGUUCAAUUGCGAUUUAAAACGGUUUGGUCAUUCCCCGCUUACUGACCUUCAACAUGAAUUGGAAGAUGGAAACUACAGACCGGACGUUCUCCGUUUGCGUCAAAGCAUUGCCAAAUCACGUCGACGUGAACAAAGGUUUCAGAGAUGUGAACGCUAUAGUCAGCUUGCAAAAGAGUUGUUUCUAUCUAGAGAACGUUUAUUACGUGCAGUAUAUAAAUCAGCUCCAGGAUCAGCAAUUCGUUCAGAGCGUACCAUAAGGCGGGAACAGAAUAGUUUACAUGCUGAUACAAAGUUGUGUACCGUGCGCUCUCGGAAACGAUUUCGGAAGGAAAUAGAACAUAUUUCAGAACAACUGGGCUUUAAAGCAGGCGAGUUAAGUGCUGAUGAAGAGGAAUUCGGUGCCGGCGAUAAUAAGAUGGACGAUUUUUACCACAGUAUAAAAGCUGAUGUCUCCACAGCACUAAAACCCUCUGCACCUGCUACGGACCGAUACAUCUUCAGUACAUUAUUCAAGCGGCGUCAUGAGCUUACUGAUGAGGAUGCAGUACGCGCUGACCAGCAAAUGCAACAGCAGCGUUUAUCGAAUCGAAAUUUUCGAACUUAUAUCCGCGAUCACAAACGUCGUAAGCUUACAGAACCGACUUUACCUGACUUUGAAACUUCUGACAUACGGUUGCGAGAUGUAUGUGCAAGAGCUCAGAUGGGUAGCAACUUUAAGCACCUCUUUGGCAUGGGCAAAACAGUGGGACGAAAACCAAAAACAAAAUUUCUCCCAAAUAUGGAACCCCCAGCGUUAGUGCCCAUUCAGUCUAUUGAACGAAAUACUGACACUUCACGGAGUGCCAAAAAUGAGGCUCCUAAAUCCAUUACUAUUCCAAUCGAAGGCAGUGCGAAAAUAGUAAAAGAGCAACAACAGACCGAGCAUUUUCAAUCACAUUUGGCCGACCAUUCAAAUUCCGCAAUACAACAUCCAUUCCUGCCUGAAGAUGGGGCGCCUUUUAACAUACUCGAUGGAGAAGUGGAAUUACAACAGGAAGAGGUUGAAACUUAUGGUACUUGCGAGGAGGCUUUGCCGCGUUUCGUCAUUUCCAAUGAGAUUGUUUUACCCACUAUUGAACACAGCGACUUACCGCCACAGAAACUGUUGCAAACACCUCAUAAGGAAGAGAACGGUAGUUUGGGUGUUAAAGGUAAAUUUCAACUGGCUGAUAAUAAAAAGCGUGAUUCAAUGGCAGAACAGAACAUACCCAAGCUAGAGCCCUUAUUAGCUAUGAACAGAACACCUUUUGAAAAAAAUCGUUCGCAUUCACAGUCAAAUUCCAUGACAUGCAGUCCUUCACCUGCCGCUGCGGCGAUAGUAAGCCCAAUUAAAAGACAAACAUUACCACUAAAUUCAUCUACGAAACCAAUCAGUCCUGCAAACAUCGGUGUCUCGUCGGAAUUAAUACAAGAGACCCAUGCGUGUUUCUUUUCGCUUAUACGCGAUUUCUUUUGCGCUACAUCCCUUCAUAGAAUGCAAUACAACGAAUUGCGUUCACGAAUCGACGUUUGGCUUCGUAAUCCUAUUACGGCAUUGAAUGACUGGUAUGCUCAAGCAGACAAUUGGUCAGCACUGCUAAUGUCCGCCAUAAAUUUUCUGGCUGGUGAAUUUACCGACCAACCUGAAGAAUAUGUACCGUACAUUGAGUUCAAACCACAGCAAGAUAUUUUUCAGUGGAUUGGAGCCGGUCGUGACUCUGAUGCCCGCCUAUCAAUAUUGUGUAACUAUUGGUUGCAACGUCGCUACGAUGUAUCAGAUCAAGCGCCGGCCGCAUCUUGUCAAAAUCUUACAGAAGCAUCAAGUGACGCUACAGGAGUAUCUACUACUCGCCGCCACUCCAUAGAUGCAGAGGAGGCUCCGGUAUCAUAUGAUGGUGGGGUUUCGCCUCCACCACCACCGCCACCACGCUGUCCCACAACAUGGACGGUAUGUGCGGCGACUCCCGAGGAAGUCAUUGAGUUCCAACGGCAGGAGCGUGAACGAUUCGACCAGCCACACCGUGCUUACACGUACCGGAUGCAUAACUAUGAAAGCGUGGUUGGCCCGGUGAAAGGAAUAUACACACAAAUGUAUGCGUUAACAAAGGCCCGUGGCCAUAGCAUGAUGAUCGGUAAUCGUCCAAACUUCGUCACUAUACUAACACUAGUCCGGGAUGCCACCGCCCGCCUGCCAAAUGGUGAAGGUACACGAGCCGAUAUCGCUGAACUGCUGAAGAGCUCGCAAUACAUAAAUUUGAAGGAAGGCGAAAAUGUGCUACAAACAACUGUGAGUGGGGCGUUGGACCGUAUGCACACGGAACAUGAUCCGUGUGUACGCUACGAUCCUAAGCGAAAGAUAUGGAUCUAUCUCCACCGUAAUCGGAGCGAAGAGGACUUCGAGCGCAUACACCAGCAACAUCAAGGUAUUGGAAAGUCUAAAAAAGUAGUUAAUCGGAAACCUAAAGCAAAGGGCGCCUCCGGCGCCAAAGCAAUAUCUGAAAUAAGCGAUAAUAAUAAUGCUGUUACUACUGGCGACGAUGAGAACAAUGUUGGAAUCGUAAGUGUUGCGAACAACACGCCAAAAGCCAGCGCUACCUUUUCCAUGCCUGCAUUGGUACCAGCAAACCCAAUUAUAGUUAGUAGUCAAAGUGCUAUAACGCAGCAAAAGCUUAUAUCCGUUACAUCUAAACCAUCGGUGAACCGCUCACUUCCAGUGCCGCCACUAAAGUACAAUAUACCACACCAACAACAAAAGUCGUUGCUUAAAUCAACUGUGCAGUCCCAUUCGCAACGGCAACAAGAGCAUCGACAAGUCAGCAACACCCUUGGCAUGGAUGCCCAGGUGCAACACAAUCAGAGAAUCCAGCAGCGCGUAGCAAUUCUCGCAAAGAGCACACCGUCUGCUGAAAUCACUGCAGAGGAAAACAAAGCCAAUAAGCAGUUAGGUUUAACUAUGUCACCAACCAAAUCUAACAUAUCGUCAUUGAGUUCUGCAAGCGGCAACUCUACGCCGAUAAUUAUUGCUACGCCAACUGGUCUUCAAACUGUGCACGUUUCGAAUGCAACAGUCGUGACAACUUCAACGGGGGCCCCCGUUCCAUUAGCCACGCAACAGUCCUCGCCUUUGAGUGCCACACUUUGUGGAAAGAAAGUAGCGCUGAACAAACCGAUCAUCAUCAAUCAAAUUAGGGGCCAGUCAACAAUAGCUUCCACGUCAAAAACCAAAGCUUCACAUCAACAAAUUUUCAAGCAACAAAACUCUAUAGGCCAGCAGCAGCAACAAAAACAUACGCAUGGUUUCAUAAUCCCAAUAAGUAUGUCAAAUGCCAUCACAAAUACUGCAGGCGUUGAAGGCCAAAAUUUUGUAGCUAAGGAACCAAAUUUGCGGACAUUGCCGGUUUCUUCAGUAUCAGGUGAAGGUACGGCGACGAUUUAUAUGGAUAAUGCACAGUUCAUUAGCAAUGUUGAAAGUACGACACCGGAGCAACAACAAAAGCAGACACAAGCGAAGAACAUCAUACGUCUUGUGCCGAGUAUCGGGGGCGGCGGAGUGAAAUCAAUUUUGCAAUCCACGUCGACCGGCCCUGCUGGUGGUAGAAAACAGCCAGUACAUGUUAUUGGCCAUCGCGUUGUGACAGGCGGCAGUGGCGCAGGAGCUGUACGGUCUCAGACGCAGCAGGGUAAAUCCAUAGGAAACAUAUCGCUUAUGAGCAGUAGUAGCGGCACCCAAACGUGUGGUGUCGCCUCGGUGGUGACAGCUGCCAGUGGAUCUACGCUGAUAAAAAUGUCACCACAAACGUUUGCAACGUUGCAGCAAAAGCAAGGCCAACAUAUUGUCGUUAAGCAAUCCUCUCCUUCAUCCCCUGCAUCAAAUCAACAACAACGUGUCAUCGAUAAGACCACAUUUUUAAAAAACACUUCUAUUGUUACUCAGUCAGUCGGUCCAGGUACACAAACAAUAGGCAAAACCAUCUUUAUGCAACAAACACCAACCACUGCGGUCAUCCAGAAGUCUGCGGGCAGUGCAGCGGCGUCUGUUGGCUCACAAACCUCCGCAUCAACCCUCCCAGCAACAUCUACUGGCAAGGUGCAUACUAUUAAUGCAACCAACCUUACUUCUCAGCAACAGCGAGCUCUUCUGCAGAAUAUAAAGCAACAGAAUCAGCAGCAACAAAACAUUCAUUUCAAAUCGGUGCAAGUUGUUUCUAGUGGCAAUGCCACACCGCAAACACAAACUCAACAAGUGGAACAAAUGCAUCAAGUAGUACCGCGCGCUCAAACACUGACAGUGAUACCAUCCCUUGCAUCUGGUGGAAUUGCAGGCGCGCAGUCGGCAAACAGUAAAGCUGUGGCUGUAAUGGUUUCUCAGGGGCAAGGUAUUUCACGGGUAUUAAAGACAGGAACUACAAAUGCACAGUCUCAGCAGCAAGCCAUCACAAUAUCCACCAAUGACUCUGCUGUCACAGCUGCAACAGCGGGCGGUACUCGUAUCCUGACAACUUCUGGUGGACAAAUAAUUUCAUUAGAAAGUUUACUUCAGAAACAAAGUAGUGGUGGUUCGUUGAAAAUCAGCCCAAGCAGUAAUGUUGGCACCAUUGUUAAAAGCGUACAAACAAGCAAUGUCAUACAGCAACAACAACAACAACCUCAGCUUAUGCCAUCAACCGGGAAUACAACCACAUAUACAGUUGUCUCACAAGCAAGAAGCGUAAAUGCCCAGCGGUCUAAUACAACGCAAGCCGCUGAUAGCACGAAUACAUCAACGAAAACUACACUGGUAAGUGGGGGCUCCGGUCGGAUAUUGGUGUCAGCUGGUGGACAGUUGACAGCACCACAAAUUGCAAAGGUGCUCGCCAAAACAGGAACGACAACCAAUUCUGUGGCUGGUGCAACAACCGCAGGUGGCAACAUACGCUUGAUCAAAAAUGCAACUAACGUUGGGAGUGUAGGAGGUAGCUUUAAUAUUAGUAAUUUACAAGGAAAGCAGGUGGUAUUUGCCACCAAGCCAGCAACAACAGUUACUAAAAACGUUGGAAACUCCGGCCAGCCCCAACAAAUACAAACUACUGGAAUGGUAAUUGGAGGGCAGACGGUAAAGUUGCAGAGAAAUCAACAAAACAAGGGAGCUACACCAAACAGUAACGUUGGCGUAAUUGCAACACACUCCGGCGGUCAAAUGCAAACCGUUAUUAUGGGUAAUCAAAUAUUGCGUGUUCAACAAAUGCCCACGUCUGUGAAAACAGUGGCGUCGACUGGAGCUACAAUGCAGCAACGCGUGGCUACACUUCCCGUUGGAAGUUUUGUUGCUGGUAAUACUGCAGCUGGUAGUAUGGUGGUGAAUAGCAGUGCUGAAGCAACAAAUAAUGCGACAACGAUGAAUUUACCAAAGACUGUGGUGCUCGGCAGCAGCGGGCAGACAAUACGUUUGCAGCAGUCACAGCAGGCAGUUCCAGCAGCCCACCAUCAAUCACAGCCUCAGACACAGGUGGUCUCUGUCAAGAAUACGGCUCAACAAGGCGCAAAAACAUCGAAUGUUGGUCGUGUGGUCUUGGCUGUACAAGGUGGUGGACAGAUAUUCCUUUCGCCUAAUUUUCAGGGCAACACAUUAAAUCUGAAGUCAUUGCAAAAUAUGAAAGUGGUCUCGUUAACGCCGCGCACUGGCGCUACUACCAGCACGCAACAUACCCCAGACAAGCAAUCAACUGUGUCACAACAAAACAGCGGUAGCAGCACCUCUUAAAGAGAGUUCUUUUUAGAAUAUUAUUAUAUGAAUGAAUGUGAGAAAUUAUACACAACCAUUUGUAUGUGCAACACAUGAUUAUAAACUUAAGUAACUAUUAAAUAGUAAUUGACGUAAUAGCUAAAACAUGGAUAAUGUAUGAGCAAUUACUCCUUUUUGAUAAGAAGUUUAACUUGUAUUCAAAUACAAUAGUACUAGUGAAUAUUACUAAAACUUAAUUAAAAAAGAUCAAAAAUUUAAAGUGA